AUGGAAAAACAUUAUGAGAAUGAGGAGAGUGAAGCGUCGGUAGAAAAAGAAGAAAGAGAAAAGGUAAUAAUAAUACCUAAAAGGAGAAAAUUACAACUCGUGUGUUCUGAUUCAGAACAAGAGGAGAAGGAGCCAAACUUUACCGUUGAAGGUAUUAUUAAAAUAAAUAAUUUUUUUUUUCCAAAUGAAAAGCAAUCUUUAUUGUAUAAACCAAAUUAUAACAAAAUUCUCAAAAAUGAACUUGAACACGAGCCUAAACUAUCAACCCAAUCAUCUGCUCCAAAUAAAAUGGAAGAUGAUCUUAGUGAACUCGAACUCGAACCAUUAAAAAAGAAAAGAUCUAGACAACCUAAAUCAUCCACUUUAAAUAAAAAGAAAGAUGAUAACGGCGAACUUGAAGAUGACUCUAAACCACCAGCGAAAAAAAGAUCUAGAAAAACCAAAUCAUCCACUCCAAAUAAAAAUAAAGUUGAUAGUGAUGAACUUGGUACAAAAAAGAGACCCAAACAAACUAAAUCAUCUGCAAAAAAAAAGAACGAUGAGGAUAUUAUUGAUAGUGAUGAACUUGGUGAGCUUGAAGAUGACUCUAAACCGCCAGCAAAAAAAAGAUCCAGACAAACUAAAUCAUCUACUCCAAAGAAAAAGAAUGACGAAGAUAUUAUUGAUGGUGGUGAACUUAAAGACGAUCUUAAACCAUCAACAAAAAAGAGACCUAAUCAAAUUAAAUCAUCUCCUACUAAAAAAAAGAAUGAAGAAGACAUCAUUGAUAGUGAUGAACUUGGUGAACUUGAAGAUGACUCUAAACCACCAGCAAAAAAAAGAUCCAGACAAACCAAAUCAUCUACCCCAAAGAAAAAGCAUGACAAAGAUAUUAUUGAUGAUGGUGAACUUGAAGACAACACUAAACCAUCAUCAAAAAAAAGACCUAAACAAACUAAAUCAUCUCCUACUAAGAAAAAGAAUGAUGAAGAUAUCAUUAAUAGUGAUGAACUUAGUGAAGUCGAAGACGAUCCUUUACCAUUAAAAAAGAAAAGAUCUGGACAAACUAAAUCAUCUACUCCAAAGAAAAAAAAUGACGAAGAUAUUAUUGAUAGUGAUGAGCUCGGCGAAUUUGAAGACGACCCUAAAUCAUCAAUGAUGGAAGGAUCUGGACAAACUGAAUCAUCUAUUUCAAAUAAAAAGAAUGACGAUAGUGAUGAACUUAGUGAAGUCGAAGACGAUCCUAUACCAUUAAAAAAGAAAAGAUCUGGACAAACUAAAUCAUCUACUCCAAAGAAAAAAAAUGACGAAGAUAUUAUUGAUAGUGAUGAGCUCGGCGAAUUUGAAGACGACCCUAAAUCAUCAAUAAAGGAAGGAUCUGAACAAACUGAAUCAUCUAUUUCAAAUAAAAAGAAUGACGAUAGCGAUUCACUUAGUGAAUUUGAAGAUGAUCCUAUACCAUUAAAAAAGAAAAGAUUUAAACAAACUAAAUCAUCUACCCCAAAGAAAAAGAAUGAAGAAGAUAUUAUUGAUAGUGACGAACUUGGUGAAUUUGAAGACAACCCUAAAUCAUCAAUAAAGGAAGGAUCUGGACAAACUGAAUCAUCUAUUCCAAAUAAAAAGAAUGACGAUAGCGAUGAACUUAGUGAAGUCGAAGACGAUCCUAUACCAUUAAAAAAGAACAGAUCUGGACAAGCUAAAUCAUCUACUCCAAAGAAAAAGAAUGAUGGUGAUAAACUUGAAGAUAAUCCUAAACCAUCAACGAAAAAAAAGCCUCGAAAAAAUAAUGACAAAUCAUCAAACAACAAUAAAGAAGAAAUAACAAUUAAAAAUUUGAAAUCCUUUAUUGUAAAAUGUGGAGUUCGUAAAAUCUGGUCCAAAGAGUUGGCAGGAUGUGAUGAUACAAAAAGUCAAAUUAGGAAAUUAAAAAAAAUUCUCGUGGAAUUAGGGGUGGAGGGACGACCAACAAACGAAAAAUGUAAGAUAGUAAAAAAUCAUCGUGAUCUAGAAGCAGAAUUGAAAUCAAUGGAUAUUGACAACAUUAUUUCUGAUGAUGUUAAAGAAUCAAGGAAAGCACGAGCGUCUAUGGGACCAUUUAAUCUUACUG